CUAGAAACAUGAGCUAACGCUGGACAAGGCAGGCAGUAUUCUGAUGCCGAUGAAGACUCUUCAGUCAGUAGCUCUAAAAGUAAGUGUAUAACGCAGCUGUCCAUUGUGAUGAUUCUCUCUAUCUCUCUCUCUCCUCUCUCUCUCUCUCUCUCUCUGCAGCGAAGGUGAGGAGACUCUACGACAUAGCCAAUGUCCUGACGACACUCGACCUAAUAAGGAAGAAGACAUUCAUGGCUCGCAACCAUCGCAAGAUGCCUGGCUACGUCUGGUGUGGCCCCACCAUGGAGGAGAUUGACAGCGUCUCUGUGUGUAGGAAGAUGUACCAACCAACCACCACUGCUGGUGACCUGUCGAAGAAGAUGAGAGGAACUUCGCUAGUGAGGAGACAGUCUUUUGGUAGUCGGCCGUUUCUCCAUCAGUAUGAGGUCAAAGACUCCAACUCAGCUCCCAGUACUCCAUGUAAGGCAGCUCCAGUGGGCACAAGAAAUCUGGGGGGGUCGCGUGCUGGGAAAUUUCUCGAGGGGCCGUGGUGGAGGGGGAGGGAGCAUUAGGCGAAGUCUCUCAUUCGGAGGUCAGAGUUCAGCUAAGGCAUUGGCUGGUGGGUGUGGCCACGGGAGGAAAGUGGGCGGAGCUAAGACUAGCGACAGACACUUUGGUGGAAUAUGGACCAGCCCUGGUCCCACAGUUCAUUGUUCCAGAGAAGAGUUUGCCGCGGAGGUGAAGGAGUUCGAGAAGGAGAUAUUGAGAAAGUCACAUCGUUUUCCAAAUGUAGCAGUGGUGUUUCAAGAUUUUCUACUCCAGUAUCACGUCUCACAAGAACAGCCUGCUAGCUCCAGUGGACGGUCGAUUUUCCCAAAACCCCCCUCUCCUCUCAAAUUUCUCUGACCCCCUCACUUUCUCGACCCCUCGAAAACCUACGAACCCUCCGAAAAAUCGCUCCACCACGAGCCGCCCGUCAACUCCUAUGGCUGGGUCUUAUCCGGAGAGAAACGAUUGUGACGUUUCCUUGCCACUACACAAACAGUCACAUUCGUUUCGGCAGGAUGAUGACAGCGGUCUGGGGGAUUCCCUAGUGGGCGGGGCUUUGAUGACAUCACUCGACGACAUCACCAAUGUUUCGCAACAGCAUCAUCGCUCUGAUGUGGUCAAUAAACCAGAAAACCAACACAGGCAACCUAAAAGUGCAGGGAAACAACAAACACAGCCAUGUGCCAGCAAAUCUGGGAAAGUUAUGAUUGACGAUGACUCACGGGCUUCAUUUUCGACAUCCGGUGAUCAAGAACAACAACAUUCCGAUCCAAUUUCCUCAUGUUUUGCUACUAUUGAGGAUCACGCUUUCAUUUCUCUGCAUACCUUCUUCGACAUCUGUCUCGCAUCCUCCGGUUCCUAAACAGGCCAGAAAUGAGCGUCUGCUGACCAAUCAAGUCACCACCCACUCACGUGGUACUAACAACAGCAGCCUUCAAAGCAGUGACUCUGCAUGCUGUGCUCAAAGUGAAGACUCUACAACUGGUGGUGGUUCCAAGGAUUCCGCGACUUCCUUGCCACCAGAGGCUACUGUUAGUGCAACAUGCAUCAGAAACCGGCAAGAUUCUCCUUCCCACGCACCGCAAACAAACCCACUUACUACGGAGGGAAAUCGACAUUUUACAAACCAAACUCAGCUGCAUGAAGAAUUGGAGGGAAAUGCAUCACGUGCUACAAUAUUAGGGUUCACAAAGGGCACGCUGCAGUCUCCGCAGAAACCGGCACACGGACGCCUGCAGUCGUUUGUUCGUGUCGAUGAUUUCAUCGCAGCUCUAGCGGUGCAGUCGAGAGAGGCUGAGAGCCUGCUCCGUGACCCGCGACUUGUAGCUAAACUCUCUGGACACCCACCUGGUGCGACAUCGUCCACCCAACCCAUCUCUCUCCUAUCGCAUCUUCUCACCCGCCAACCGUUGCCCGGGACAACUGCCAGGAAACCCCCGGCAACUGCCUCCUCCCCACCCUUGCCCUCCGUGAACAGACCAUUUUCUGUUCCUCUCAACCCGAAAUGUCUAGUGCCCAUCACUGCAACUGUAGAGACGAACUCCACAAAAAAGCCAAGUGAUGGUGAUUUCAAACUCCCUCCUCUACCAUUGUUUCCCCAGCCUCUCUCUACCCAAAUUUUACCCCUACCUGUUCCCCCCACAAGCUGCGGUUCCCUUGGAUUUGUGACCCCCAGGGCACUCAUCACUACCCCGUCCCCCCAAUUUGUGGCCCGCCAGAUUCUACUACCGAACACGACCCCCACAUUUGCCCCCCUCACUCCCAGAACAACUUGUCUCCCAACACUUUCUGGCUCCAUUCCAGCUGCCACGCCCAUGACCCGUUGCCUGGCAAUGCCACACCCUCUCGUUGGCGAGUGUCCACCAUUGAAACGGGCAAAGCUGGACUGAGACUGACCAGAAAUAGGAUAAAAUUAGAAAUGAUAUAUUUACUCUAUAAUUGUGGAUAUAUUUUGUUCCAAAAAUUAUCUC